CAUUAAAAAAAGAAAGAAGAAGAAGAUCAUCAACACUCAGUUCGUCACAUCUAACAGACGAUUUAUAAUCUUUUACUAGCGCUCCUUCAAAUUAACGUCGUGUAAGAAUCUCGCGAGAUUGACGAGAGAGCGAUCCAUUCUAGACACGACCUGUUUUGCUGGGGAUGAGCGCAAAUGUGAGCGCUGUUAUUUUUCACUGCUGGAGUAGAAUUAAUCAAAGUACUUGAAUUAAUUCACUUCACACAUGCGAGGCUCUCCUUGAGAGGGGUGCCAGCAGAUGGACAAAUAGACCGCCGUGUGUUGUCAUCUAGUUCUGGUCCAUUUCUGUUCUGCUGGGGAUCAGUUGAACACUAAGGCAUCAUCCUGUUGUGCCUGAGGAUUUGUCACUCCACCCCUCCCCCUGUUGUCAUGGCGCCCAAGGACAUCAUGACCAAUUCGCACGCCAAAUCCAUAUUGAACGCCAUGAAUGCCCUGAGGAAGAGCAACACGCUGUGUGACAUCACUCUAAGGGUGGAGGGCACAGAUUUCCCUGCCCACCGCAUCGUGCUGGCUGCCUGCAGUGAUUAUUUCUGUGCCAUGUUCACCAGUGAGCUUUCUGAAAAAGGGAAGUCCUUUGUGGACAUUCAGGGCCUAACUGCCUCCACUAUGGAGAUCCUGCUGGACUUUGUUUACACAGAGACGGUGCUGGUUACCGUUGAAAAUGUGCAGGAGCUGCUGCCUGCUGCCUGUCUUCUGCAGCUUAAAGGUGUGAAGAGAGCUUGCUGUGAUUUUCUUAAUAGUCAGUUGGAUCCAUCAAACUGUCUGGGAAUCAGAGACUUUGCAGAAACGCAUAACUGUCUGGACUUGAUGCAGGCUGCUGAACUGUUCUCACAGAAGCACUUUGCAGAGGUAGUGCAACAGGAAGAGUAUAUGCUGCUCGGUCAAAGUGAGGUGGAAAAGCUCAUCAAGUGCGAUGAGAUCCAGGUUGAUUCUGAGGAGCCUGUUUUCGAGGCAGUUUUGAACUGGGUGAAGCACAACAAAAAGGAAAGAGAGCCGUACCUGCCCGAUCUGUUGGAAUAUGUGCGCAUGCCGCUGCUCACCCCACGAUACAUCACUGAUGUCAUUGACAUAGAGCCAUUGAUACGUUGCAGUUUGCCAUGUCGAGAUUUGGUGGAUGAAGCAAAGAAGUUUCACCUUCGGCCAGAGUUACGAAGCGAGAUGCAGAGUCCUCGAACCCAAGCAAGACUCGGUGCCAAAGAGGUCCUGUUGGUAAUCGGAGGAUUUGGAAGCCAACAGUCACCCAUUGAUGUUGUUGAGAAGUAUGAUCCCAAAACCAGAGAGUGGAGCUUUCUGCCUAACAUUGCAAGGAAGCGACGGUAUGUUGCAACUGUUGCGCUUAAUGACCGUGUUUACGUUAUUGGUGGGUACGAUGGCCGAUCACGACUGAGUUCAGUUGAGUGUUUGGACUACACAGCAGAUGAAGAUGGAGUCUGGUAUUCCGUCGCAACAAUGAAUGUACGUCGAGGCCUUGCGGGAGCCACAACUCUUGGAGACAUGAUCUAUGUGGCAGGUGGAUUCGAUGGUAGUAGACGUCACACCAGUAUGGAACGUUAUGACCCCAAUAUUGACCAGUGGAGCAUGCUGGGAGAUAUGCAGACUGCCAGGGAGGGAGCAGGACUUGUAGUUGCCAGUGGACUCAUCUACUGUUUAGGAGGCUAUGAUGGUCUGAACAUCCUCAAUUCUGUAGAGCGGUAUGACCCUCACACAGGGCACUGGACCAGCGUCACUCCCAUGGCCAACAAACGAUCGGGUGCUGGCGUGGCUUUGCUGAAUGAUCACAUAUACGUUGUCGGAGGGUUUGAUGGCACAGCCCACCUAUCUUCCGUAGAGGUUUAUAACAUCCGCACAGACUACUGGACCACUGUAGCCAAUAUGACCACUCCACGCUGCUAUGUCGGAGCCACUGUCCUGAGGGGCCGCCUUUACGCCAUUGCAGGAUACGAUGGCAACUCCUUACUCAGCAGCAUUGAAUGUUAUGACCCUGUGAUCGACAGCUGGGAAGUGGUGACUUCAAUGGCAACACAGCGCUGUGAUGCAGGUGUUUGUGUGCUCAGAGAAAAAUGAGAAGAGAUGUGAGUCUGAAACAGAUGAGCUUUAGAAUAUUUGGAAACCGGAAUUGGUGAUCCACUGCUCAGCGGAGCAUCCAGACUCCAUUUUUAUGACUCUCUCCUCUAUUUGGACUCAAGUUCUGUUGCCAUCUGAGAUAUCAGUGUUUUCCCUUGAAGUAGGAAAAACAAUAACUUUAAGAUACAGUCAACAUGUGUUUUGCCACCAUGUUUUUUUCUUCAUACAACUAUGGUUGGUUACCUGUGAGAUUCACGCAGUUGGGUCCUCUAAAGUGCAAUAUAAUAUACUGGUGUCAAAAUGUCUUCAAGAAGAGAGAAGUUUGUGUAUGCCUUCCUGCCCAUCUGACCGAGUCCUUCCUGCAUACUGACUUCUUUAGUCAAAGAAGAGAAAAUUACCAGAUUCAUCUCGAUAUGUUGACAAAGGUGCUUUGUGUAAUUUCUCUCGUAGUCUGUAAUGUCUGCAGUGACAUUAUUAUCUCUUAGUUCUGUCUCUGGUGGAUUGGGCUCCCAUUAUUGACCUAACCCUUUAUAAAUGUGCCUGAUGCACCAUGGAUUUUUCCAUUAUCAUGUACAGAACAAUCAGCAAGAUGCCAUAAAUGCAGUAUGCUGGUGUUUUAAGUGUGCUUGGUAGUAUGAAUCGGAAUUAAUGGGUUAAUUUAGCUGUAUGUGCUCAGUAAAAAAAAAAAAGACCUUAUGUUGUUUUGUUGAAUACUAGCAAAUUGACCCAUUAAUAAGAAUAGAGGACAAAUUGCAUGGAUGAAGUUCUGCAGUGCAUUGUUGAUGUGAUAAUGUGGUUUUAAUAUGGUGAAUUCAUGAUAAAGACAAUAAAGGAAAUGUCUGUUUAUCAUGUAACAAAA